AUGACAAAUCUGGGAAUGAAGGACGACCAGAAUUAUUAUGGAUUUAGCAACAACAUCAAUUUGCCAAAUUCUCCAAACCCACCGUCCGCAUAUAGUCAGCAUGGCAUGUACAGUAAUCAGCAGCCACAGCAGCAGGCCGCUGCUGCCGCAGCUCAAUCACGGUUUACGGCCUCGUUUGUAGCAUCUUCACAACAACCACAUACAACACCUAGUAAAGCAUAUUUAGGUGUAUCGUCGCUGCCGCCAACGGGCAUGUCUGGUGGAAUGUUGGUUGCUAACUCGUCGCACAUGCAACAGCAACAGCAGAAUAGUAAUUCUAAUAGUAACGGUAUAAAUGGAGGGCCGUAUCAGCAGAAACAGAUGGAAGGUGCUCAAGUAUCUAGAAAUAGCUCGGGCCCACAUCAGAGAGCACGGACAGCUGCCGCAGCUGCUAGAAUAUCGGGCACUGGUCCAGUCCCGUCCCAUCUACGCGAAGGUGGAACGCCCGAGCCAAGUAAUAACGCAUCGAAUUCCAACGCCAGUCUAACCAACGGUACUAAUAAAGACGGAAGCAGCAACUCCCUCGCUGUUGAAAAAGCAUCGCAAUGGACAAUCCUAGAUAUGGGUGGAAUGGCAAUCAAAUCCCUCUCGAAACACCUCUUUUCGUAUACAUUCUUGACCGUCUUGUAUCUAAACCAUAACGCCCUCCUCGAAAUCCCGCCCGAGAUAUGUCGUCUGGUGCAUCUCGUCACGCUAGACGUGUCUGGAAACAAGCUGAGCGGUGUACCGAGUGAGCUGGGACUGUGUACCUACCUCAAGGAACUGCUAUUGUUUGAUAACGAGAUACAUACGCUGCCUCCUGAGCUGGGAUUCUUGUAUCAAUUGGAGACGCUGGGGCUGGAAGGGAAUCCGAUGGGGGAUCCGAUUGUUAGUAUUAUGCAUAAGGAUGGGACUGUUGGUGUUAUUCAGUAUUUGAGGGAUAGCUGUCCAGUUCCACCAGCACCACCAGAACGUGAGUGGAUUUACUUGGAAGAGGAUACCCCUGCUGGAGUUGCUCAAGCUGAUACGUUUACGCUGUUGUGUUAUAACACACUCUGCGAUAAAUACGCAACUUCUGCUUCUUACGGAUAUACACCUUCAUGGGCAUUGAACUGGGAAUACAGAAAAGAGAUUCUGUUGCAAGAGAUCUUGACAUAUAACGCUGAUGUCGUCUGUCUUCAGGAAGUUGAGAUGUCUCAGUAUGAAGAGUACUUUAGAGAUCAACUACAACAACAUGGUGACUACGAAAGUGUGUUUUGGCCAAAGUCUAGAGCACGAACCAUGUCAGAGUAUGAAAGAAGAGGGGUUGAUGGUUGUGCGACCUUUUAUAAGGCUUCCAAAUUCAGUCUGGUAGAAAAGCACCUCAUUGAAUUCCAACAGAUUGCCAUGCAACGGCCUGAAUUCAGAAAGACAGACGACAUUCUGAAUCGAGUCAUGAUCAAGGACAACAUAGCCGUAAUUACACUACUAGAACUUAAAGAAACGGGCUCCCGAGUCCUCGUAACCAAUGCCCAUUUACAUUGGGAUCCAACAUACAAGGAUGUGAAACUAGUACAAACCGCCAUGCUAAUGGACGAACUCCAACGAGUAGUAAACAUCUAUGCCUCGCUCCCAUCACGGCAUCCAACACACCAGUAUAUAGCAAACAGUCCUGCCCGAAUGCCGAUAAUCGUUGCCGGAGACUUCAACUCGCUACCCAACUCGGGCGUCUAUGAAUUCCUGUCAUCAGCACAUGUGUCGCAGGGCCAUGUAGAUUUUGGAACGUACGUGUAUGGCCCGUAUACAUCGGAAGGCCUGACGCAUCGCAUGUCGCUCAAAUCAGCAUACUCGCAUGUUGGAGAACUAGAUUUUACAAACUACACGCCGACGUUUAAGGGUGUUAUUGAUUAUAUAUGGUAUUCGACAAACUCGCUAGUAGUAACUGGACUAUUGAGUAAUGUGGAUCGUGACUAUGUUGCACGGAAUGUUGGGUUUCCGAAUUGGCAUCAUCCAAGUGAUCAUGUGCCGCUGGUUGUUGCGGUGGGCAUUCAGAAUAGUAGUGCGGGUGGUGCGGCUGGUGGUGGUGGUAAUGGGGCGGCUGUUGCACCUGUAGUCCGAGCUGUGAGAUUCCCAACCAAAUAA